AGAGUGGAAGAGGCCAUCUCCAAUCACACGGGUGUCAGGCCUUUCAGCUAAUUGAAUGGGGAAGAAAAAAAGGAUUAAUCAUUUUUAAUUAAUUAAUUAAUUAUUAAUUAUUUAUUUAUUGAUUAAAUAAAUAGUCAUUAUUUAUUAUCUGUGGAUAUUUUAUUGCAGUUUAGGUACCCAAUUUUCCAGAGAAGAAGAACCCUAAGCAAUCACACCCGAAGGGCAUUUCACUGUGAAUCGAUCGAUUUGAGGAAGGAAAAUCAAAACAGGGGAGAGAAUUGAAUAAUCUAUUCUCUCUCUCUCAGAGAUUUGUGAAAAGGAAAACCUAAUUCAAUCGAUGUUUAUGGUGGGUGCCCUUUUACGGUUCGGAUCGGUUGCUGCUUGGAUUUUUCAUGCCAUUGCUCGUAUGGGAGCAGUGUUUUUCUUGGGUGUGCUACUAAGCUCAAAUUGACGCCUCGUUGAACGAGUUGUUGAAGGGGCGAAUACCCCCUUCUUUGUCAGCUCCGAAAAAGCUUACCAUAUCUGAGAAUAUUCCGUAUGCUCAGCAAUUGUGAGAUGGGCUAUAAGGAAGUACAAUCGUAUAGCAGCAUCUUCUCGAAAAAAAAUACACCGAAUCAGACGAAUGGCGCCCAUGGUGCUGGCGAUUUAAUCAAACCAACCGAAUUUGUAAACAAUGGUCUUCUUCUCUGGAACCAGGGCAGGCAGAAAUGGGUAGGGAAUAAAAAAGCCGUGAGUCGGGUUCAGCAGUUGUAUGUGCCCAAAUGUAGAUCUUUGCGUCUUUGCCUUGCCAAAAAGUUUAUGCUCUGCUGUUGGAAUAUAACCAACGAUAGUUUGCUUAAGAGCAAAAAGCCGUUCCCUAGACCUAUUCGGCUUGAGGAAAUGGUAGAUUUCCUUGUUGAUAUUUGGGAACAAGAAGGAAUGUACGAUUGAGGACAUUGCAUAAGGCGGGUGGCAUUAACGCAAGAUUGACCGUGAGUAACCUUAAAACAUGUGUUUAAGAUGUAAGAAUAACGUAAUAUCUCUGCCCUUUUUUACCCUUUGGCACAUUCGAAAUUUUCAAUUCGAAUUUUUUCUGUAUAUAUGUGCCUUUCGAAGUUAGUGUUAGUGUUCGAUGAAUUCUCCCUCAUUGGUGUUCAAAGAUUUUGGCUCUACUAA